AAGUUCUGUCUCAAAUGCAGUUUUCUAAAAUACUAAAAUUCUCUUUAUCUCAUAUACAGUAUAUAAUUGAAAUUAUGCUGUUUUGAAUUAUUUAUGAUUAUCACUCUCAUUAUGCUCUUUUAACAGUUUUCUUCUGUGAAAGUUUCAAAAUAGCAGUGUGUAGGUUUUAUAGCCUUUUGUAAAAACCCUUAAUUGAUCAAGUGUAGUUAUAGCUCUUUCAUCUAAACUGUUCGAUACUGAAUUAAUUUCCCCUACAAAUUCUUUAAAGGAAGUUGGCUGAUAUAGAUAAAAUUUAGUAUGUACCUAAAUGUAUGUCAGGAUAUUUCAGUUGAAAUGAAAUGACAGCCCACUGUUUAUUAAUGAGUUUAUCUUACAUAGUUUUGAGGGGAUUUUUUUUAAAAAAUUGACAUGUUGGUGGAGACUGGUAGAGGUAGCUAACUAUCAAGGAUUUUGUGAGCUGCAUACCCUAGCAAUAAUGAACAUUUAUAAGAAGUAAAUGUUUCUUAACAUAUAAAAUUUCUGUGAUACAAUGAACUAACAUACUUUGAAAAGUAAGAAGUGUCUGUGAGAGUCUUUAUCAUGCCUUUAUCAUGAGAACAGUGGAACACUUAAAGGGGACUUGUGGUGUCUUCUGGGAAAGGAUGUACAGAGAGCGGGAACGUGAGGGCCAGGUAAGGAGUUCUGAUUUUGAGCCGCAGCAACUCAGCCUGCUUUACAUCAGCAUCCACAAGGUUGAUGAAUGAGGUUGACGCGGCUCUGCCAGGACCUUCUGAACGAUUGUGUAAGAUGUGGUGGGAUGGAGCAUCUCCCAUAAGACACGCCCAGGUUUCAGAGUCACAGCCCUGCAGUGGGCCCUGGGGGAUCCUCUCCAUUUCUCCUCUUGUGCUGGCUCCCUCCUGUCUUCGGCACCUUUCCUUCCCAGUCUAGGCCACAUGGGGCAGCACUUCCACCUGUUCUUUUUUAUCCUUCCCAGCGUCCCCUUUAGUAAAACCCCAGCCCUGUCUAGCCAGGCUGGGAAGCAGAGGGGAGGACCUCUGCUGGGGACUGGUGACCCUCAGACAACCUCAAUCCUUCUUGGAUAUUUCAUGGAGAAAAUGGGGAAGCGUGGAGCAGAAAUCCCCCCCAAGUCCCAAUUCUUCUCACAGCCCACAAACCUGCCUAGUUCCAUCUCUGUCAACCUCCUUCCUGACCGCUGGAGUGGGAAAAGGGUUCCCCCUGUAAGGCUAACACUAACACCUCCUCUAGUUUCUGCAUCUGAUCCUCUUUCCCUGUGUUCAGACACCUCCGUUCUUCCAUCACCCCCCUCUCUCCCGGAUCUUCAGCCUCUGUCUCUCUCAGCAUACUCAUUCUCCCAUUUUUAUUUAUUAAAAUCACUUCUUUUGGCCUCCUAUCCCUCUCUCCUUCCCUUCAUAACCCAGCACUUUGAAUGUCAUUUAUGUUCACUCUGUAAACAUUUGACUUCCUGUUUGGGUAUUUGGGGGGUUUGUUUUUUAUUGAAGUAGAGCUGAUUUAUAAUAUUGUGUUAGUUCCAGGUGUAGAGCAUAAAUUUGGGGUGUAAUUCCCUGUGCUCUACAGUAAAUCCUUAUUUCUUAUCUAUUUUAUGUAUAGUAGUUAAUAUCAGUUAAUGUCAUGCUCCUAAUUUGUUGGGUAUUUUUUAAUAUACUCUUCCUUCUGCCCUGUAUACUCUUGCAUGCAUUUCUACCUGGUGGACACUUUCUCAUCUUUUCACUCUUAACACAGAUAACACCCACGACUGCCCACCUAGAUUAGGUCUUGCCCUUCUGUGCACACUUAGCUUCUUAUUCUUAUCUGUAUUAUGGCCAUAAUAUUAAUAACGCUUGAACACUACUGGACUAGCCAUUGUGCAGUAUUAUUAUUAUGUUAGUAGUGAUACUAUAGCACAUUGCUUUGUCCUUAAGAGAACUAAGAGAUAUUUUCAUCCUGAUUCUAUUAAUAAGGAAAUUGAAUAGCAGAGAAGUAACUUGAACCCCACUGUGUUCCCCUCAAGCCUGUGCUGAGAGCCAGCAGGUCUCACACUUGAUCAGGUCAGAAUCACCUAGAGGGCUUGUGAAAACAGGUCGCUGCUCUCGCUCUCAGACUUCCCAAUUCAGUAGAUCUGGGGUGGGAGAUGAAGCAUUUCCAACAAGCUAGUAGAUGGUGCUGUUGCCUCUGGCACUGAAAUCAAUUGCCCCUCGCUGCUAAUCACUCUAUUUACCUUGUCUCUUUACUUGUCUCUCUCCAGCUAAAAUGGGAGUUCCUUAGGGCAGGAGCUGGUUCUGUUCUUUUUUUUUUUUUUUUUUAAUGUCCACAUUCCCAGCAUCUAGCAAAGCAGCCUGGCAGGUGGCCAUCUAUGAUGCUAUUCAAGACCUGGAUAAGAAGUUUGAUGUUAUUCAUGGAAAGGUUUCAAAAAUUCACCGUUACCGUUGCUGUAUGAAGUCAAUGUGGCAAAGCCGUAAACUACAUGGACAUAGAUAUAAAAAUUAUAAUUACCAGCAUUCUAGAAAGAGCAGAAGCCUGAAAAGGAAGAGAAGGGACCUUACCUCUUCAUUAUCUCUCACUGAAAGUUAUAGCCCCACUAUACCAGUAAGCAGGCAGGAUAAUGAUUCCCAGAGCAACACUUUGGAAAUACCUAUCGAGUCCCAGAAGUCCCCAGAGCGGGAGCAGGAGUCAUUCAUCCAGGAUCAGGAGCCAGAUCGCAACGAGAGCCCAGGGAUCCCUGCCAUCUUCACACAACCCUAUGAGCCAUACGAAUACAUGCAGGAGGAAUCCAUGCAGGUUCCUUCUUACUACGACAGCCCACAGGCCCACAGCACCACCAAUUUCUUCCCACCGAACCAGGCCACUGUAAUUCCAACUGCAACCAUACUGACCCAGAUGGAACCUGAACCAAUACCUGGCCCUGAUGUUGUGACCUAUCCACCUUUAUUUGAUCCCCAGCCCUCCAGGCCUAAUAUCUCACCUCCCUGCACGUCAGACGCUUAUGCUCCAACUUCACCAGUUAGAAAUCGCCCGGAUUUCUUCAGAGAUAACUUCCCUGAGGACCCCUCAACCUGGUCCGUGGAUGAAGUGAUCACGUUUCUGCAAGAUGUAGAUCCUCUGACACUCGAUCCCCUGGUUGACCUCUUCAGGGAACAUGGCAUUGAUGGGAAAGCUCUGCUACUGCUCAAGAGUGACAUGCUGAUAAAGUACAUGGGGCUUAAGGUGGGGGCAGCCUUGAAGGUGUGCCACUACGUGGAAGGACUUAAAGAAGGAAGAUACAUCUACAAUUUAUAAACCACGUAUAGGUUAGACUGGACUUAAUUCUGGGAAGACUAGUGCUGUCUUUGCUCUGCCGUUAGAAGUUUUUGUUGCAUAGAAGGUUCCUUUAAGAUAUGGUGUAUCCAAAAUAGCAGAACCGAGGACAGUCCAGUCUAUUUCUUUAGAAGUCGUUUAAUAUAUUAGUGCUAGCAUAGUCAAACUGGUUGUUUGUUCUUAUCUUUUCAUUAUUUUCAUUGUAUAGUUUACAGAUAUACUUCAUGCAGGAAACAGAAAUACCUUUUGAUUUUGGUUAAUGUUUAUAUGUAAAACCAAAACAGUCAAAUCCCAAAGGGCAAAAUAUCAGGCACUGACAAGCUUUCUAAAGAAAUCCAUAUGACAUUUUCCUUAGAAGAAAAUUUAAAGUUGCAACUGUAGGUAUCCUGUUUUUCUCAAAUAUUUUAUGUCUGUUACUGCAAUGUUCUGUUUGUAUUCUACGGGUUUCCCAAAAGGGAAUAGCCACAUAUAUUAUUCUCUUUUAUGUUAUUAUUUCACUGUAUGUUUUAUCUGUCCCUACUAGAAGGAAAAAAACAGCCUUUUAAGAUUUCAUGAGGCGUUCUUAACAGUUUUUAAAAAAAUUAUCACAUAGUCAUUUCAUGCAAGAGAUACUACACUACAGGGGUGGUUUGGAUUGAGUCUGACUAUAUUCUUUUCAACUAAAUACAUGUUAUUUUACAACUUCCAUAUUUUGUCUAAACUUGGACAUUUAACUAGGCAUUCAUUGCUCACAUCUCUCCAUGAAGAUGCCUAUGUCUGAGUUUUUUAAAGAUGUGUUUUAUUGUCUCUUCAUUCCUCAUAUGGAUACUGUUUUGUAUUUAUAUUUUAUUCUGUACGUGAAGUAUACACAUAGUUAAAUUCUUUUUUAAUUUAAAAUGGCAUUUUACACUUCCACUGAGCUAAAGACCAUCUCUAUAUAUAGUGAGUUUUUUAAUUCUUUAAAACACAUGCAAAGUGUUUGCUAUCACUGGUACCUCUCAGCUCACACUUCAGGGUUUCCGUACAGGGAAGUUCUAUCUUGUGCAAUGUUUCUAGUUAAUUUCCUUUCUGAGCCAUUUAUCUUUUAAACUUUAGACAAGUACACUAAUUCUGAUUUGAACUUUACUUUAAAAAUUAGAACCUUCAUGUGAAACAUUCAUUGUUAUUUUAUUUAUUACAUCAUAUGUUGUAUAAUAUUCAGUGUAAUGUUAAUAAGCUAUGAGAAAUGGUGUUGGUUUUAUUAGCCAUUUGUUAUAAAUGCCAAUAAGAUGUUCUCCAGGGCUAAGAAUAUACAUUAUCUUUUUAGAAAACCAAGUGUACCUUAUAAGCAAAUAUAACUACUUACUGGGCAUAUAUGAUUUAAAGGACAUUUUCAUCUGUGUUAUUCCUUUUGUGUUAGAAGAUUCAGACUUCAAUUUGGUCUUUUUUCAAACUGUUUAUGUGAAGAUGCUGUGCCCACUUGAACAGUCCUCAGGUGUUUGUAUAAGCACUAUGUUUUACAGUUUUUAAAUAUAAUAAAGUUUAAUAAAGCUGUUAAUGUCAAAGCCUCA